UGAUCUGAAACUGGUAUCUCUGUGUAUCUUUUUUUUUUUUUUUAAUGUCCAGUGCCUCUUUAUAUCUCUUACUUAGUCCUAUUUGCAUCUCUUUCCUGUAGAGAGAAACUCCUCCUCUUAACCUGGCUUGUCCGUUUAAGUGCCUCUUGGCCCAGAAGUCCUGCUCAUCUCUACUGCCUUCUUAAGAGAUAAUCAUCAACUUUAUGCGGCAAAUUAUAUUUUUCAGACCUAAGAGAGCUACAAAGCUGGAUAUAGGCACCAAGAAUUGCUGAGGAAGUGAAGACAACGUCUCUGAGGGAAGAGACAGGCCAGCCUUAGAUGAGGCUGAUCCUGGCCCAAGACAAAAUGGCCACCAAAGAGGGCACACAGUCAGGCUUUGGCCUGCGGUUUCAUGCAGAGCUGGAGCAAGGGGUACAUCGGCGGAUUAAGGUGGAGGAAGAGGACCCAUUGGAUCCUGCCUCAGGGGAGGGAUCAGGGGAAGCCCCUCAUAUCUUCCAGGCUGGGAGUAUCCGAGAAUUGCUGCAAAGGCCACCUGGAGAACAUGAAGCGGGUGAAGGCCUACUUCAGCGCUGGGAAGCCCAGUGGCAGGAGUUUCUGAAAACAUUGGAAUACCCUCGCUCCGAAUGGGAGACGCCACAGUUGCUGGAGGAGCCCACCCCAUGGGACAAUACAAAGGCCUUCCUGGCCUCCUUUGAGCAAGUGGCCGAAGCCUGCCGGUGGCCCAGGGAGGACUGGAUGGCCCGUCUCCUUCCGGCCCUCAGUGGGGAAGCUGAACAGAUUUUCAGCAGCCUGGAUACCAGAGACAGGGUUGACUAUGACAAGGUGAAGGUUGCCAUCUUGCGAGGGGAUGCCAUCACCAGGGAGAGGCAGCGCCAGAACUUCCGGCGUUUCUGCUACCAGGAAGCCGAAGGGCCGAGAGGGGUCUACAGCCAACUCCAGAAACUUUGCCAUCAGUGGCUCAAAGUGGACAGGCACUCCAAGGAGCAGAUCCUGGAACUGUUGAUCCUGGAGCAAUUCCUGGUCAUCCUGCCCCAGGAAAUGCAGAGCUGGGUGAGGGAAGGUGGCCCGGAGACCUGCUCCCAGGCAGUGGCCCUGGCUGAGGAUUUCCUGCAAAGACAGAGAGCAGAUGGAAAUUGGGAAGAGCAGGAUCUGGGGCCAAUUGAGGAGGUCGCUUUGUAUUUCUCCGAGGACGAGGAGUCUCUGGUGAACUGUGAGCGCAGACCAGUUUACACAGGAACUGAUCGAGAGGCUGACGAUGGAGACACUAGCUCACUGGGUGAAGGAUGGAUAAGUGCGAAUGAGGAAGACGAGGAGACAUACCAGCCAGAAGGUUUUGAUCAAAUGCACCUAAACAGGAUGCAAAAAGUGGGGAGAGUGGAAAAAGUUUCCCAUUUUCGUGAGCAGGAAGAUUCCUCUGAGGCUUGUUCCCAAGCAGAGAGGAAGAAAGGAAAUAACCUGCAGGACAGAGCAGACACAGCUGUUCUUUGGGAGGGUGACAGGUUCAAUGAUGGGCCCAGGGGAGAACAGAGAAUCCACACAGGGCAGAGGCAAGAUGCAUAUAAGGUUGAUAGAUGGAGCUUCAAGAAGAAGCCAGGCCAUAUGAAACACAAGAGAAUCCACCCAAGGGAGAACCUGCACAAAUGCUCUGAUGGUGGGAAAAGCUUCAAUGUGAUCUCUCACUGCAUUUCCCGUAAAACGAGAUAUGGAGGAAAGAAGCAACAUAAGUGCCCAGACUGUGGGAAAUCUUUCAUUGCCCAAGCACAUCUUAUUAUUCAUCAGAGAACCCACACUGGAGAAAGGCCCUUUAAAUGCCUGGCCUGUGGGAAGACCUUUGCCCAGAGUUCCAAUCUCACCGUCCAUCAGAGAAUCCACACAGGAGUAAAGCCUUUCCAGUGCUCUGACUGUGGGAAAAGCUUCUGCUCAAGCACCAACCUUGUAAAACACCAGAGCAUUCAUGUGAAGGAGAAGCUGUAUAAAUGUUUGGUUUGCAAGAAAAACUUCAAGGUGCAUGCUCACUUUAUCAACCAUAAGAGAAUCCAUGCUAGGAGGAAAAUGCAUACGUGUCCAGACUGUGGAAAAUCCUUCCUGGCUGCAUCGCACCUUAUUAUUCAUCAGAGAAUCCACAGUGGAGAGAGACCAUACAAAUGCUUGGAAUGUGGGAAAACCUUCAGCCAGAAGGCUCACCUGACUGUCCAUAAGAAUAUCCACAGAAGGAAAAAAUCCUUCAAGUGUUCAAGCUGUGGAGAAAGCUUCCGUUCCAGCACUAACCUUCUCAAACAUCAAAGGAGCCACACAGAAGAGAACCCCUAUAAAUGCUCUGAGUGUGGGAAAACCUUCAGGGUGAAUUCUCACCUUAUUGCUCAUAAGAGGAACCACUCAGCCAAGAAACCACAUAAGUGUUCCUACUGUGGGAAAUCCUUCUUUACCAAAUCGUACCUUAUCAUCCACCAGAGGAUCCACACUGGAGAGAGACCUUUUAAAUGUCUGGUCUGCGGCAAAGGCUUCAGCCAGAGUUCACAUCUUAAUGUCCAUAAGCGAACCCACACGGGAGUGAAGCCAUUUCCAUGUACCAACUGCGAGAAAAGCUUCAGUUCUAGCACAAACCUCAUUAAGCAUCAAAGCAGCCACACAGGAGAGAGCUUAUAUAUAUGCUCAGAUUGUGGGAAAAGCUUCAAGGUGCAUGCCCACCUUAUCGCUCAUAAGAGGAUCCAUGCAGCCAAGAAACCACAUAAGUGCACCUACUGCGGGAAAUCCUUCUUUGCCAAAUCAUACCUUAUCAUCCACCAGAGAAUCCACACUGGAGAGAGACCUUACAAAUGCUUUGACUGUGGGAAAAGCUUCACACAGAGCUCCCACCUUACAGUGCAUAAAAAAACCCAUGUAGGAAAGAAGCCGUUCCAGUGCUUGGACUGUGGGAAAAGCUUCAGUGUCAGCUCUCACCUUAUUGCCCACAAGAGAAUCCACGAAGUGAAGAAACCCCACAAGUGCUCAUACUGCAAUAAAUCCUUUGUUUUCAAAUCCUACCUUAUUAUCCAUGAAAGGAUGCACACAGGAGAGAGACCAUUCAAAUGUCUGGCCUGUGGCAAAAGCUUUAGUCAAAGUUCUCAUCUUAAUGUCCACCAAAGAACCCACUUAGGAAAGAAGCCGUUCCAGUGUUCUGAAUGUGGGAAAAGCUUUCGAAUGAGCUCUCAACUCAUCGCCCAUGAGAGAAUCCACACAGCAAAGAAACCUCAUAAUGAUGAUACUACUACUACUACUACUACUACUACUACUACUACUACUACUAACAAUAACAGUAACAACAAGUGCUUGGAUUGCGGGAAAUCCUUCAUUUCCAAAUCCUACCUUAUCAUUCAUCAAAGAAUCCACACAGGGGAGAGACCCUACAAAUGUCUGGCCUGUGGGAAAUGCUUUAGUCAGAGUUCACACCUGAAUGUCCACCAAAAAACUCACCUGGGAGCAAAACUGUUCAAAUGCCCUGACUGUGGGGAAAGUUUCAGUUCCAGCAUGAAGCUCCUGAAGCAUCAGAGAAUCCAUAUGAAUGGGAACCCAUUUCAAUGCCAGGACUGUGGGAAAUCCUUUGUCACCAAGUCGCAACUUGUGAUCCAUCAGAGAAGCCACACAGGAGAGAGACCAUACAAAUGCUUGGACUGUGGAAAGGGGUUCAGCCAGAGUUCAAACCUUAUUAGGCACCAGAAGAUUCACUCCGGGGAGAAUCCCUAUAAAUGCUCAGACUGUGGGAAAAGUUUCUGCUCACAGGAGAAUCUUAUUAAGCACCAGAGAAUCCACACGUAGCUAUAAAGAAGACUCUGUGCUCAUACACUGUUGGGAGGCCAUAUAAGGCCACUUUCAUGCCUAUGACUAAUCAUAUUUUAGUAGCCACUGCAAAAUAAAAAGCAUAAAUAACAAAUGCUGCACUGGCUGUUCAGAAAGAUUGUGAGAACCCCAAAUUUGCUCCUCAUCAGAGAAUCUGUAAAGGAUGCAGCCAGAGUCCACUUUUGGACCACAGGGAAACCUUUAAUGGAAGCGCAUAUCUUUCUGUGCACUGAAAAAUGCACUGUCAGACUCAGUCCCACAGCAGGUCCCAAACAUGGAGCCUAAGAGAUAUAAGGGGUGAUUCAGCCAAUGGAUCGCCAUCCAGUCCUGUCCGUAGGAGGCAACUACAUGGACCAGCAAGGAAGCUUCUUAACAGCAUUAAGGUCAUGUGGUACUUCCUGGGAUUCUACAAAAUUUCCAGGUGGAAACCCGCUGGUCUCCAGAUGAUAGAUGGCCUGUGGCAUCUGUCCUCUCUCUGUCAACUAGAGUCUUUGAAGUCAGGUAGUAUAUACAUAUACUAAAUAAAUAAACAUAAAUAAAAUAAACUAGGAAGGGCCCUGUUACCCAUGCAAGUGGAAAACCAUUUAAGAACUAUGACUUGGGAGAAAACUUCAAUGACAACUGAAACCUUAAUAUGAAGAAAGGCCACACUGAAGAGGUACCUGCUUAGAAUGACUUUAGAAACGCACACAACAGAGAAUCCACAUAGGAAAGAAGCCAUAUAAACACCUGGAUUAUGAGUAAAGCUUCAGCUGGAACUCUUGUUAGUAAAUAUCAGAAAAUCUACACAUGCAAGUGAAACCGUCCCAGUUUCUAUAAGGUGUCAUAGAAUUAACCCAGGAGAGAAAUGAGGAAUGUGAACAUCUUUCAUAAAACAGCCAGUUAUGCUGACCAGUUAAGGGCUUUUAACCUUUUGUUUGAUUUUUUUUUAAAAUUUGUGGCAUACAAUAAUGACUAUAUGUUGAGGAUAUGUUAUGAUGCAGACUUUCUGUUGACUGAAUAACCAGACACUACUUUUUUGGAUGAGAAAAUCAUUGCUGCAAGCAGGCCAGAGAUAGACAGGCUGACCCUUAACAGUGGCUGGAUGCUGAAAACUGAGUGCACUUGUAUCCAGAAAUCUUUGAGAGAGCACACUGAUCUUAGGAACAUAGGAAACUGCAUUAUUCCGAGUUAGACUAUUAGCCCACCUAGCUCAUUAUUGCCUACACAGACUGGCAGCGGCUUCUCCAAGGUUACAAGCAGGAGUCUCUCUCAGCCCUUCUUGGAGAUGCCAGGGAGGGAACUUGGAACCUUCUGCAUGCAAGCAGGCAGGUGCUCUUCCCAGAGCGGCCCCAUCUCCUAAGGGGAAUAUCCUACAGUGCUCACAUGGAGUCUCCCAUUCAAAUGCAAGCCAGGGCAGACCCUGCUUAGCAAAGGGGAUAAUUCCAUGCAUGUUACCACAAGACCAGCUCUCCUCCCAUGGCUGAGGAUGGGAAAGCCUUGAUUUCUGGGUCUUUGAACUGCGACCUAUGACUGCCAUCCAACCUCCCAUGGACUCCAGACAAACUAUGUUGACUACCCAGAGGAGAUGUGCAAGCAAGCAGACCAAUCUUGCCUCCUUUAUGCAGACGGUUGCCUGGAUCACGACCUAUGCUGUGUGGAACCUGGUGCAUAGGACACUGGAAGAGAUCAGACUGCUGUAAUAAGCGUUGGAGGCGGGGCUGGGGGAACUAAGAAGACAGUUGUGCAGAAAGAACAUCAUGGGUGCUUCCAGACCAGCUGUAGCUUCCACAGCAGUAGUUUCACAGACAGCUAGUGCAUCUGACUGGUGCAUAGCAGUCACUCCACGUAUGGUAGUCACUCUUGUCUUGUGCAGUGCUCUUCUUCUUCGCCUGCAAUGGCUGCAGGCAGUGCUGCUUUUGCUGCCAUGGAAAGCAUUGCUGUUAGGGAGAUUGCUGCUUAAUAUGUUUGCAGAUUUUCUGGAGAUGGGUGCUAGAGUGCCAGAGCACACAUCACCAGGAAGAUUCCAAUCCAAGAUUUCAGUGUGGUAGGGCUACCCAGGAGAGAGCUGGACACAAGUCCCUUGUGCAAGCCCACAGCCAAAAAAAAGAGGGAAUGAUCUUGUCUUACUAACUUCAAAAUCUUCCUUUCACCAGCUUCAGAAAAGCACAGCUGUUGCUGUCCCCCUGCCGGAUGUAAGGAGGAGAAAGAUCAGGAAUGCAAAAUACAAACAUGUAUUUGUUAACUAGAAAUUAAUGCCCAUAAUAUUAUAUCAAUCUUAAUAGGUAAAAAUUCACUAAAUAUUUAUUCCAAAUAAACACCUUGAAAGCAAUAACACUAAUUAUGAGAAAGAUAACCCUUGAGGAGAGAGUUUUCUUUAAAAAUGCUUACUGCUUUUUGAAUGGGAGCUUCUUACUAGCAUCUCUUCAUGUGGAAACUACAGCUACUAAAAGAUAAAUAGCCUGCCAGUUUUCUCCUUUUGUAUGAAUGAGUGGCUAGUAAACGGAAGCCACUAAUUAAGACCACAUGUCAAAACACUUUUGGCUCAUUCUGCAAGCUUUAAAAGAACAAAGGAUCUACAAGAUUAAUAAGAAAACCUGAGAGUGUGGCUACAUUUUGGAACUGUUAAGAUAUUUCACUGAAGCCAGUAGUUCUGCGUUAUGUAGCUAUGAUUUGGGUUAUUGGACUUUGAAUUCAUGUUUUCAAAGUGUGUAUUUUGGAUGAAUAUAGUGAAUUUCUACCUAUCAAAAAUGUAUUUAUUUAUUUAUUACAUUUCUAUACCGCCCUAUCUAUCAAAGAGCUCAUAAUAUGUUUGACAUAUUAUGAACAUGAAUGUCUAGUUAAUAAAUACAGCAUUCCCGAUCUUCCUCAUUCUGUAUGACGAUGAUGAAUGCUUUUAUACUGCUUUUCAACAAAAGUUCCCAAAGCGGUUUACAUAGAUAUAAAGAUAGAUCCCUGUCCCCAAAGGGCUCACAGUCUAAAAUUCUAUACAGCUCUUGUUCAGUUCAGGUACACAUAAUGUGAGUUGUUUGUUUCCUUGCCAGAUACUGACAGUGGCGGGGUUGGUAGGUAGAGGUGGUGCCCCUUGGAUUGUACGGAGGCACUGCGGAAUCCACCUCUGAAAUAUGUGCAGUAUGCCAUCUGAAAAAAUAUCGGAUGAUAUAUUGCACAACGCUCCAUCUGCCUUGUAAUGGAACGUGUUGCAGUUGCACAAGAGAGCUCUUGUGCAAAUGCAGUUCAGUGAUGGAUGGCCAUUAUAGUUUCAUGACAGAUGACCAUUUUUUUGUGCAUUUUCACAAUUCUUGCAUUUUGCCCAAGACUGCUCUUGGGCAGCAGCACAGGACAAGACAGAUGGAACAUUGUGCAGUAUGUCAGCCAUUCUCUGCAAGCUGCCAUAUACCGAGUCAGACCAUUGGUCCAUCUAGCUCCAUAUUUUCUACACAGACUGGCAGCAGCUUCUCCAAAGUUGCAGGCAGGAGUCUCUCUCAGCCCUAUCUUGGAGAUGCUGCCGGGGAGGGAACUUGGAACUUUCUGCACACAAGCAUGUAGGUGCUCUUCCCAGAGCAGCCCCAUAACCUAAAGGGAAUAUCUUAGUGCUCACACAUGUAGUCUCCCAUUCAUAUGCAACCAGGGUGGACCCUGCUUAGCAAAGGGGACAAGUCAUGCCUGCAACCACAAGACCAGCGCUCCUCCCCUGAUGUGUUUUGAAAUUAAUAUUUUCUCAAGUGAUAAGAUGCUGUAAAUCUCACAUGCACUUGUAACUUGUUUGAAUCCCAAACAACACAGCCCCUGCUCCCAUUAUUUUCCAGAUGGAGACAUAUGCUCACACACCCCGCAACGCCAAUGUACGCCUCCAGAAAAUCUGGUGGGGAGGUGGAGCUUGCACAAGGGACCUAUACUAUAUCUCUCCCCCAGGUGGUGCUGCCAUGUUGAAAAGCACAACCCCGCUAUCACUUUUUCUUCCUGGGGAAGUGCACUCAUGCACUCCACAACACCAGCGUAUGUCUCCAGAAAAACCGUGUCGGGUGGAGCUUGCACAAGGGACCUGUGCCCAUUUCUCUCCCAGGUUGCCCUGCCACGCCACAUUGAAAAGCACAGCCCCCACCUUUUCUUUCUGGAGACGUGCCCUUGCUCUCCGGAACUCUAGCAUAUGUCUCCAAAAAUGAGGGAAUGAAAACAUUUAAAACCAAUGGCAGUCUCACCAAAAGUAAUGCUUUCCCUGGCAGCAAAAGCAAACAUCCUAUAUCCCUGCUUGAUAGAUUUCUUUUUCAUCCAAGGCACUGAGAAUCUGAAGGCCAUUUGAACUUAGACAAGGUCAAGAGAACUUAAACUGAGGCUCCCAGUUAAGCUACAAAACCAGCUUUAUACAUAGCCCUUUCCCUCUGCAUGAAUCCUCUUCCAUACAAGUGGCAGCUUUUUUCUUUUUUUAAUUGUGGCCACAUUGCUUCCUCUCUGGAGUAACAUUUAAUAUGGAUUCAAGGAUGGCAGUCAUGCCUUUCCAAUCUGUGUAUUUUAGGUUCCUGGCUAUCAGCUACCCAUGUAUCAAUCUGUGUUUUGUUUGUGUUUAUUGGCUGCGCUGGCAACUCUGUUUUCCGUUCCUGCUAUGUGACUGCUGGUUUUUGCUCCACCUGUAUUCUUUCUUUAAAUUUUCAGAAAUAGUUGAUUAAUUGUCUUCAUUCGAAGACCUUUAGUGAAGUGCUGUAAUAACUAUCUUCAUAAAUAUUAGUAUAUUGGUUUGUUUUUUUCUUCCCCCAGAUCUAAAAUUAUAUUCUUACUGUCUGUU